UCGUAUGUUCGAGAAAAUAAGUGGAAUAUUACUCCACAUAUGGUUAUGCUACAGAUGAAUGAAGUUAUUUUACCAGGGCUCAGAUUUGCACCACCACCAACCAUUUCUCUUAAUACUGCAAAAAAUUAUUUGAAAGAGCUUGGUUAUAUAUAUGAAAGA